UUGAACGGAACGUUUUGGAACAUGACGUUUUGACGGAUUCCGAAACAAUCAAAAUGCUUAAAAAAAAAAAUACCCCAAGUUCGUACCCGUGGGUGACUUCAAAGGGAAGUAUCGUCAGUCAGUGCUUUGUAGUUGUUAGCCGUUGUGCUAACCGCUAAAAGCCGUAACGGGACGUCACCUGCGCUGUCUCGCGCACUGGACAUCGGGGAUUGGAGACUCCAGCGUCUGUAACUAGAAUGUAAGUCUUGGAUUGUAGCACCAUGGAAUCACAGACACUUUUCUAUGAAGUGGACAUAUCACCAGGAACUUACCAAAAAGGAAGACACACAACAAUAACGGUAGAGGAGGCUUUUUGUAUACUGAACGAUAAGAGCCUCAAUACAACAGCAUCUAUCCCGUUCAGACCCCACGGCGGGGAGGUGUUCCUCUUCAAGGCAGAAGGGCCAUUCCAAAGGAAUGACUGGAAAGCAGAUGGACACAAAUGGCAUAAUCAGGGUACUGCUAAACUGCCGCGAUCUAACCCAAAAAUUGCAAAGACUUAUUUCUAUGUGAAAAACUUCCGAGGUGGAGCAAAAGAUUUUAAGAAGGAUGUCUUUACUUUAGUUGACGACAGCUGCAGAGUUCUCAUUCACUACAUGGGCAUUGAGCCUCCAUUUGAACCAAGCCCUCGUGGCAAUGCCAAGAGAUUGGCACAGGAUUUCUUCCCCACGACCCCAUUGGUUCUGACGACACUGACAGAUACAAUUAAAACAGAGGACCUGCCACACAAAAUAUUCAAGGAAGAAGUAUCCAUUUCAAUGGACGAUGAUGCAACUUCAGUCUGUAGGAACCUGAAACAAGUCUAUAACGUGCAAGUUGGAGUCAGCCAGGAUUGGCCAUCAAGCAGGGAUACGACUGCAAAUAUUCAUGAACUUGCGUCCAACAGUCCUGGAUUCAUACAUAACAUCACAACAUACCCAGACCUUGUUGUUGUCUGUGGGCAAGCUCAGAUGUUUGAUGAACUGAGUGAGGUGCUUCACAUGUCAUCCAGGUCGCAGCUGCUCUCAUACACAUCUUUUCAACUUGGCAAAUUCUUUAUUUCGCCGCUGUUUUUUCAUCACAUGGCAUUUGAAGGCAAUCCGGUCAUGUUGGCUGGAGCACUGCUUCAUGAAGGAAAACUCCAGCAGCAUCAUGAGGCCUUCUUUAACGUCAUAGCAAGCAAAGUGAAUGGAUUAUGGAAUGUACCGAUUGCCACUGAUAAUGAAAGUAGCAUCAUAAAAGCCUUAAAGAGCUGUACAUCAAUGAAGAGGGUUGGAUGUCACAGACACCUGAUGGAUAGUGUGAGGAACUGGGUUGAGAACCACAAAGAAGCAAUGGAAGAGCAGUUUGAUUAUGUGGGUGAAGUGACUGAGAUCUUGGCUGCCAGCACCUACCAACAGUUUUCCAAAAUGCUGGCUGAGAAACUCGAGACGUGGAGCACUCCAUUCCUAGAUUAUUUCCGCUCAUUCAUUCUACCAAGAGUAAGUGAAUACGGCGCCUGGGCUGUGAGAGAUGUGUAUGAUGUUGACGAGGAGAUCCCAGUAACAGUCUAUGAGAGUCAGGCGUUCACCUCAGUGCUCAACUCCUUGCGAGACUGGGUGAACGUACCGGCAGAUGUCAUACUGUUCAGCCUGCAGAUGCUUCAGAAGUAUUACUACAAUGAAUUGAGAAGAGGGAGGUGCGGGAUCAGCAGUUACCCCCUGAAAGAAGCUUUCCAUCAUCUCAAAAUUCGACCUGAACAGAUGAAUUUGCAGGUUACAAGUGCUCCUGACAAAAUUGUUGAGUCCAUCAAAACAAAGACUUUGAUAGUUGACGAGAGACCAGAAGUCACCCCAGUUUCCAACAGCAUCAGACAUACACAAGCAAGGGAGAUCAUUAUGAAUGAUGCAAUAUCGUUUUGCGCUAAACUGGGUGUAUUUGUUGUGCAGGGUGCAUCGAGGGAAACUGUGAAGUUAUUUCCUUACGAAACUUGUUCGUGUCCUGCGAUAAGAACAUGUGUCCACAGUCUGGCAGUCAAGAUGGCAAUAGGAUUGGAUGUUGAAGCUGAAAAUUAUGUGUGAUUGAGACGUCUUGCUGGAAAAUGCAAGCAUAUGGAUUUUGAAUGAGAUGGAUUGUGUGUGAAAGGACAAGUCUAAGGAAAAUGUGCUAUGAGGAAUGACUGAGCCCUCAUUUGUUCAUUAUCAGAAGAGACCAGGGCUCUCAUUUAGCAACCUGCGCAGAAAAAAGGUUCUAAAUGCUGUUGUACAAAAUUUCAUAUGUAUGUAAGUGCAGAAAAUCUGUAUUUAUCAAACAGCUGCACAGUAGUCGGCAUCAGGUGUUUAUAAAUUGCAUGUGCUUGUGCGUGUUCAUGCUCAUUUGCAUUUAGAAAUGCCUUCAGAUAACCGUCUGUGGUAACAACACAUCCAUUUGUUUGUGAUACUCACUGGAAUAACUAAGCGAAGAAAAUCAACUUUUGUGAAAUUGACAUUGAGGCACUUGUGAGGCACAGUGAGAUGAAAAAUCUAAAAUAAAAAUAAUAAUAGGGCUCUGUGGUGGUGACACCCUGUCCAUCAGUUGUUUUCAAUGCCACCAUGGGCUCAUGUUAUUUCUUUAAAAAAAACUUAGCCCUAAAUUUUAUUAAAGCUUGUUAAAACGAACAUGCUCAUGAACACAGCACUGCUGUUUAAGAUAAAAUCUUUUCUAAUGAAAUUUGAGCAGCAAAAAUUACGUAGGUGUAUUUUUAAUAUAAGGUGGUAGGGAAGCAAUUUUUCUUUGUGCCUUGUUUGUGGAAGCCGUUUACUUCACAGGUGUCCGUUGUAGGUUUUGUCACAAAUGAGGCUACACGUCUGUUUCUAAGUUGACAUUAUUACUAAUCGUGGACUUGUCAUUUGAGGAAAUAAAGAAGGCUGAGGCUAUCUGUAUGUAGCCAUAUUCAUUUAGUGAACUUCUGUUGGUACAUAGUGUUUCUCCCAUUGGUCAGUAUAGGUCACACAAUCAUGAAGUGAUGUAUUUGUGUCGAUUCCGAAACUAUGUUAAACAAGGCUGUGCUACGUACGACUAGCCACUUCCAAUAAAGAAUGUGGAUGUGGUUACCGUACAUGCUCUUGCAGUUCCCCUCUUGUACCACUAGAGGCUGUGUGUAUUUAGACACAUUUCUCAGUCUUGUUUUCAUACUAGAAAUACUCAGUCGUACACACGCUUUAAGCACAAAUCUGCAUAGGAGCGGUUGACAAUUGAGGGCUCAGGUCUCUUCCUUCAGCAGAUCAGAAGGUCUGUUAAAAAUGGGCUCAACAAAAAUAUAAAUGCUGUAUGUAAGUUACAGUUUUUCAUGAAUUCAUGUAAAAGAUCAAAGAUUUUCACAUUUGUUGUACUUAUUUAAAAAUGGACUUUUAAUAUGAACAGUUGUGACCACAUCUGAUCUGUGCAAUACUCAUGUAGCAUCUCGGCAAAGAUGACAUGCUCACAAACAUGGAUUUUAACAAAUUUGUGAGCAAAAUUUGAGAGACGUGAUCUUUUUUAUGCUGAAAAGAAGCCUGAGGCCGUUAACUUUCUGUUCAUGAAAAAUGGGAACAUAAACUUUUGUUCGUGAAUGAAAUAUAUAGAGGUACAGUGGAAGAUCACUCCUUCAAGUUACAUAGCAGAGGAUGUUGAUGUGUCCUUUACACAUUACCAAUUGCAGAGAACUGGUGUACAGACAUGUAGUCUGCUCGUCAAAACCAGCAAAGCUGUUAUUUGAUGUUGUGCUAUAAAUCAACAUAAGACGUGCAAUAUGAGUAGUACUGUAUUAGUAGUUUCACAUUUUAAUAUUAAGGAAUAUUUAUUACUCUGUAAUAUCAUGCCAUUACAUUAGGGAUGGGGAGAAAAAACUGUCCCUUUUUUACCUAUGAAAAUUGGUUUGUAAAUUCCAGAAUAGAUUGAAUUUGAAUUCUAUCAAUUGCAGGUGUGGUGGGAAAAAGUGUUUGUGCCAUAUUUAUUCCGUAUGGGUUGCAGUACAAUUGUUUUAGACCUGAUUUAAGCUUUAUGUCACCUCUGUUUCAAGCAGAUGACAAAAAAAAAGUUGCAAACUGUGAGAGAGUGUAUCAGAGAUUUUCCCCAGAGAUCCAGUUGAGCACUGAUGAAUAUGUACAUUAAGGAGUGAGUCAGAGUGCAAAAAUUAAGAAUGGGAUCAAGUGUGAGUGUGUGUAUGGGUGAUUCUUUAACUGCGGGCACUAUUGGCCUUGUAAAUGUAAUUUCCACACCAUUGCCUUACAAUAUAAAGCACCUUGGGGCAACUGUUUGUUGCG